AUGGAUGGUAGGAGACGGAGGACGCGCUCGUCCAGAGCUGGAAUCCUGUUCCCCGUGUCCCGCAUUCAUUGCAAACUCCGCAAGGGAAACUACGCCAGGAGGAUUGGAGAAGCUGCUCCCGUCUACUUAGCCGCAGUACUGGAGUACAUGGUGGCAGAGGUCCUCGAACUGGCCGGAAAUGUCGCACGAGACUUCAGGAGAGCAAGGAUCAACCCGCGUCACUUACUACUUGCGAUCCGGGCGGACGAAGAAUUAAAUGAGCUUCUAUCUAAUGUCACAAUCCCGGAAGGAGGGGUUCUCCCCAGCAGGGAACUUGAGCCCAAACCUGCGGCUUCGCGAAAAUUGCCAAAAGUCGGCGGAUUGCCCCAAUGUCGGCGGCGGGAAAAGACUCUUUCGCAACAGACACCCGAUCAAAUCCACAAAACCACGAGGAGCUGUGCUGUGCCGCCCGGGGAACGCCAGGAUAAUGUUGUGAAAGAGCAGAUUAAGCUUUGGGAAAGGGAACUGGAAAUGGUGACACAGAACGUAAAGUUAUCGAAUGCACUCAAGGUUGGCGAAAGACGGGUUGUUACUCUAGAAAAUAUAAUUCUCAAUCGAACCUGA